AUGAAUGGGCCGCGACCACUGGUUCAGAAUCUUCUGGACCAUGGGGAACGCCGAUUCCUCGACCUCGACGUUGUCGAGGUGUUUGCUGGUGUCGGAGCUUCCUGCGAGCAUCUAGCUAUUUGCACAGAGGCCAUCCACCGAGGCUGGCACUUCUUUAUCUACGAAGGCUUCGACCUGGUGGCCUGUUGCUCAUCCUUUACCUUUCUCAACAUGUACACCUCCGGGCGAGAUGCUCUUCUUCCCGAAGGUUUGCAGUGCCGCCCCACGGUCCGUUUGGGAAACUUAUUGGCAAAGAGGAGCUUCCUGAUUAUGCGGUUGGCUCGGGCGAUGAAAAUUUUCACACUCCUCGAGCAGCCUGCGCACAACACGACGGGCGGAAUGGAGAACCUUUCUCGUUUCAGAGACAUGGAUGUUAGCUUUGACCGGGCAGUGAAUAUUGAAGCUAAGGUUGACAAGUUCCGCAUCCACAUGGACAGUGUAUGCUGGAUACCGCGGUAUGUCAACGGGCAUCGUGCAUCGGAUGCCAAUGAGUCGAGCACCUGGCCGAAUGUCUUCGCGGCUUCGGAUGAGGACUACGACCUCCAAGGACAGAUCUCUGUCCUCUUUUCGGAGCCGAUCGAUUGGCAGGAGGAUGUUUUCAGGCAGCAUUUGACCCAAGGUAGGACGGAAAUCCAAUCCCUGGAACAUAUGUUGUUCCUGGGCACAUCCACAAAAGUCAGCCCAGGCUUCGCUCUUGCAGAUCGUGCACUUCAUGCAAGCGAGCGGCGAGCUCCGGUUGCCCAAGGACUGGCCGAGUGA